UAGAUCGAUACCUCGCGUGCCUCGGUACAAACCCCACCCCAUCCAGCUUUCUCGGGGUUCACGACGAAGCACAGGAAGCUACGCAAUCUGUGCGAGUGGACUCAAGACGACAAUAAAGCGACGUAGACUCUGCCUCUUACUCUCCUUUGCCCUCCCUUACCUUUCCUUUCCCUUGACUAUUCACAAUCUCUUGACACAACUCUUGUUGGCGACCACAAGAGCGUGACCCUUUCACCAAUUAAUCCUGAACCGGGUAAGACGAGGCAAAGGUGACACGGCACCAGUGACAAUACGAAUUCUUGGAUUGCCUUCAUCGUCUUCAAUCAUUCCAUUGUACUAAAGGUUGAUUACGGACUAUGUCUUCAUACACGUCGGUCCAUCUUGCCGAAAGGCCUAAAGACCAAAUCGUGCCUGGCAAAACAUUCACAACGAAAGAACAUCCGACGCCUGAUGCAUCUACCAUCAAAGAUGGUGAGGUUCUGCUCCAGACACUUUACCUUUCUCUCGACCCCGCCAUGCGAGGUUGGUUGAAUUCAACACGCUCGUACAUCCCUCCGGUCGGUAUCGGCGAAGUCAUGCGUGGUUACGGCAUCGGCAUCGUGAAAGCAUCCAAAUCUGAGAAAUUUCCCGUCGGGACUUAUGUGAGUGGAAUGUGUGGAUGGACCGAGUAUGCAAUCCUGCCGGAAAAGGGCCUCGAGAAAUUAGAUUUGCCUCAGGGUGCGGUUCCCACAGACACAUUGGGCGUUCUUGGAGCAACAGCAUUAACUGCCUACUUUGGAAUCCUGGAUGUCGGUCAAGUAAAGAAGGGCGACUUUGUCGUCGUUUCUGGAGCUGCAGGUGCGACUGGUAGUGUCGUAGGCCAAAUUGCGAAGAUCAAGGGAGCCACAGUAUUGGGCCUAGCUGGUGGAGAUGAUAAGGUUCGCUGGCUGAAGGAAGAGCUGGGGUUUGAUGACGCGUUAAACUAUAAGGAUCCUGAGUUCGCAAGCAAAUUCAGGGCAGCAACCAAGGGACUGAUUGACGUCUACUUCGAUAACGUCGGAGGGGAGAUUCUCGACAUGGCGCUCGCCAGAGCUAAACCCCAUGCUCGAUUCGUCAUGUGCGGAGCAAUCAGCGAGUAUAACAAAGCGAAGCCUCAAGGGCCUAAAAACUAUCUCAUGAUUAUUUCCAUGCGCAUUCGAAUGCAAGGGUUCAUUGUCAUGGACUACGCGAAACAGUACCCGGAAGCAAAGAAGCAACUUGCUCAAUGGCUAACAGAGGGAAAGCUCAAGCGGAAAGAGACAAUUGUUAAGGGAGGCCUAGUGAAGGCUGAACAGGCGCUUGUGGACCUCUAUAACGGGGUGAAUACAGGGAAGCUUCUUGUGGAGGUAGCAAAACCAGAAGAUGCCAAGUCCAAGUUGUAAAUUAUUAUCGCAAGCGUCGUACGAAGUGCUACGAGUAUUCAAUAUGAUUACAGGAGAAUUGUUAUAGGGCUUAGUUUGACCUUCACUAUUGUGAACCAGCGUCUUCAAUCAAAUACGGAUGUCGUACAUGAUCCAUAUGGGGUGUAUUAUAGCAAGAUUCCAUCAAUCAUGACAAUCGUGGACCGGCCUUUAACAACAUUGCUGAGCAAAGUCCGGUUAUGGUGAUCUUU